AUGGCGACCACGAACAGCGAGGUGCAGAUCGUCGGCGGGGAUUAUCGCGCCAAACUGGGCGAAUCCCCCGUCUGGAUCAACGGCGAACUUGUGUUCAUCGAUGUGGUGGCGAAGGAGAUCUGCACCCUGAGGGACGGCACCGUGCGUCGCGCGCAGCUCCCAAAGAUGCCGGGUUCGAUCGUCCCCUCGUCCAAGGGCGGGUUCCUCGCCGCGCUGGCGUUCUUCUGCAACGUCCUCGACGCCCAGGUCCACCGUCCGCUCGCGGACAAACCCGGGGAGAGGCAGUGCCUGAACGACGGCAAGUGCGACGCUCGCGGCCGCGUGUGGGUGGGAAGCAAGGUGCUCGAUGCGCCCCCCUCCGGCGCUUUGUUUUGCGUCGAGCCGGCGUUUAGCUUCAGGAACGGGUCCAUGGUGAAGGUGGGCGUCGCGGGUGCCGUGGCGGAGGUUGGCGGCGUGUGGACGAGCAACGGUAUCGCUUGGUCCCCGGUCGGCGACACGAUGUACUACGCCGACUCGCCGAGACGAAGGGUCGAGGCGUACGACUUUGACGCGGAGAGCGGAUUGUUGCGAAACGGGCGGGUCUUCGCUCGGAUGCCCGACGACGUCGGGGUGCCGGACGGCAUGUGCGUCGACGAGGGUGGGGGCGUUUGGGUGUGCGUGUGGGACGCGGGGAAAGUGCUCCGUUACGUGCCGGACGGCGAGGGGAACGCUAGGCUGGAUCGGACGAUCGCGUUCCCGUGCAGCCGGCCGACGAGCUGCUGCUUCGGCGGGAAAGACGGGACGACGCUGUUCGUGACGUCUUGCUCCCUGGACACGACCGUGGACGCUGACGCGGUGGACGUGUCCGCGGAUGAACCCACCGCGGGGGGCGUUUUCGCGAUCGACGUCGGCGUGAAGGGCGUGCCGGUUCACGCGGCGGCGUUCUGA